AUAUUAAAUAAGGCCCCGCCCCGCGCAACAGAAAAGUUUUGUGAACUGCAAAUUCAACGGUUUACCGUUAGAUCCACGAAUCCUACGUACAAUUACAUGCGUAACGCGUCGAAUUUCUCGCGAGGCAUAUCAAGAAACACUUCGUCUGCUGUCAAGUCAUCUCUGUUUACAUUAAUUUAUUCACAAGAAACAGAUGUUUGCCUCUGACCAAACAGGACGUCCAGCGUCGCCUCAUCCGGAUUUACAAAGAACUGUUUGCGGAUGCUGCGCUGUCUGCAAAGUACACCUAAACUCUUCUGCAGACCCCAGACUCCUGCCUUGCCUGCACAUAGUUUGUAAUACUUGCCUUACGAAGAUCUGCACGGAUGGAGCCACACAAGAUUGUCCAUUAUGUGCACAGUCCUUUUGUUUUUCUGAGGUUACAGAAUGUGCCAUUUUCGAAGACACGUCUAACAAUAACAAGGUCCCCAAGUGUGGCGGGUGUGAAGAGAGUGAGGUUAGUGGAUGGUGUGUCCAGUGCGAGGAGGCCCUGUGUUUGGACUGUAUGUCUGCUCAUCGUAGGGUAAAAGUGACCCGUGACCAUGAAGUCACACCCAAAACACCACCCACAGGUUGGAUACAGAGAAGACGCUGUCCCUCACACACUCAGGAGAGCUUGAGGUUCUUCUGUCUCGUUUGUGAAGAGCUCACCUGUAAGGACUGUCAGCUGAUCUCUCAUAGGGGGCACAGUUUUGUGAAGCAGGAGGAAGCUGUGGGAUCUCAAAGGCAGCGGCUGCAGAGUUUGUUGGACUCCAUCAGACAUCAGAAAGAGACAGUCAGCAGCAGCUUGCUGCACCUCGAGGCAAGAUUGCAGGACAUUAAGAGUAUAAAAGUGGCAGCAAAGAAGAUGUUGACACAGGUAGUCCACACAAUUUAUCAGACUCUUGUUGUGAAAGCUACACAGAUGUUAAAGGAGAUGGAGACCCUGUAUGCGGAGGAGGUUGGGUGUCUGUUGGAGAGGAAGACAUUUCUGAACAGGUUGGAAGGCUUUCAGGACUACAUAGCAGCUUUUAUUGACAAGGCCCUAUGCACAGAGGGCCACUGCCUCCUGAUCCACACAAAAAGAAUUGAGACCCAAGUGAAAAAGCUUCUGUCCCAGAAGGCAAGCACCCCUGAGACCAUGAUUGAACUGCACAUUCAGAUACAGAAUGAUCUCUGUCAGCACAUCAUGAAAUGUGGAUUUUUGAGGAUUAGAAGGAUUCUUGUUCCAUUCACCUCUCAGAGAACUGAUUCCACUCAGUUAGAGUCUGAGUCUGUGAAAAGCUCAAAUCAAAAUCCCUUUGCCUCCUCUCAAACUGUGCAAAUGGACCAGGCCCUUCCUAGUCUGCCUCAUCCAUCUCAGCCCAGCCAGCCAUCUCAUUCUAACCAGGCCACAACCUGCUUUCCAUGUAACAAUGUUGCCUCAUCUCAACCGAAUCAAUCGAAACCUUCCUCUUCAGAUCAUCAGAGUUCAUUUUCUUCUUCACCAUCUGUCCAAGUCCAAUACCAUGAAGUCAUGUCUGAGCAAACCAAGCAUGCUUACAGUCCCUCAUCAAACUGUGGCCCAUAUUUUCCUCAGUCUGCUCCUCAAACUCACAUGAAUUCUUCUCCGUCUGUUUAUUCUCAGCCUCAUCUUCCACUCACGAACCUCGCAGCAUCUCAAAUAAACAAUAUCUCUGAGUCAGCCAAAUGUAGGAAGGCCUUUUGCCCUACUAUGCAGGUCUCUCAUACACGCUUAGUCACCUGCCCAAUGCAAAUUCCAGUCAACAACCAAACACCCGUAACAACUCAUCCAAUACCAGCCAACAACCAAACACUCAUACCAACUCAUCCAUUGCCAGCCAACAACCAAACACCCCUACUAACUCAUCAAAUUCCAGUUAACAACCAAACCCCCAUGACAAUUCAUCCAGUAUCAGCCAACAACCAAACACUCGCACCAACUCAUCCAGUGCCAUCCAACAACCAAACACCUGUAAUAACUUAUCCAAUGCCAGUCAACAUCCAAACACCCCUCCUAACUCAUCAAAUGCCAAUCAAUAACCAAAAACAACCAAUUUCAGUCAACAACCAGACGCCUGUAACAACACAUCCAAUACCAGCCAACAAGCAAACACUUGGACUAACUCAUCCAUUGCCCGCCAACAACCAGACACCCCUAUUAACUCAUCAAAUGCCACUCAACAACCAAACACUUGCACCAAUUUAUCUAAUACCAUCCAAAAACCAAACACCUGUACUAACUCACACAAUGCCCAUCAACAACCAAACACUCGUACCAACUCAUCCAAUGCCAGCCAACAACCAAACACCUGUACUAACUCACACAAUGCCCAUCAACAACCAAACACUCAUACCAACUCAUCCAAUGCCAGCCAACAACCAAACACCUGUACUAACUCACACAAUGCCCAUCAACAACCAAACACUCGUACCAACUCAUCCAAUGCCAGCCAACAACCAAACACCUGUACUAACUCACACAAUGCCCAUCAACAACCAAACACUCAUACCAACUCAUCCAAUGCCAGCCAACAACCAAACACCAGUCAAUAACCAAAAACAACCAAUUUCAGUCAACAGCCAAACAUCUGUAACAACUCAUCAAAUACCAGCCAACAACCAGCCACCCGAACUAAUUGAAUCAAUACCAACCAACAACCAAAUACCUGUAUUUAUUCAACCAAUACCAGCCAACAACCAAUCAACCAUACUUACUCAUUCUAUACCAACUUACAACCAAACACUCAUAUUGACCCAUCCGGUACAAACCAAUUUCCUGGGGCCCGGACAUUCUUUCUCUGUGCAACCCAGUAUUCCCUUAACUGUCCUUUCAACAAUAAACACACUUUCUUUAAAUGAUGCUACUGCAAUCUCUAAUGUCCUUCCUGUAAACCCAAUGCCUUCUGCUCCCAUUGAUGGCAACAACACCCUCCAGUGUAAGAGAGGCACCUACAAUAGCCAUAACCUCCCAGUCAAGGCCUUGGCUGAUUCCGCCUGUGAUCAGGAUGCAGGUGUGAGCAGCACGAAUUUCACUGAUACGGACCAUCUGGAGAGCAACUUGCCCACCUCCCUUGUGUCGGAGGCAGCUCCCAAAAAACCUUCACUAGAUCCUGGCUGCUCCUCUGGCCCAUCCAACAUUCACCAGGACUCUCUCUCCACCACCACCACCACCACAGAGAAAUGUCCAAGUCAAGCUCAAAACUGCCAGUCAUCCAACAAGAACUACUCUGGACCAAAACACUGGAACACUGGCUUGCCAACAACUUUCCAACAGCUUGUAGAAGCAACAUCCAUACCUGUCAGGUCAAAAGACAAUCUGAACACAACACCUCCAGCGGAUUCAACUCCUUGUAGCACAUCAGAAGACAUUGAUGGGGAGAAGACGACUCAUGACAAGACUGUCCGAAGUACUUUAGACUACAGGGAGGCAAAAAUAGAAGACAAAGAAUCUGCAGUCACCCUGGAACACUUCGGGAGACAAAUCAAACAAUGCAAGAGGUUUCUACGUGUUUCUCUUGUGCGUCUGCCCAUCUCUCUGCCUCCAAGUGGACAGCCACUCCCAGAGUUCCACCUCACUGCAGAUACCUCCACAGAUCACAUCUUUGUGCAGGAAUCCCAGGGAGGACAGGUUAACCAGGUGUGGAGAUUGUAUGAUGAUCAAAUUCCAUCAAGAUCCUCUUCUUGCUCUGUAUCCCAAGACAGCGACAGCUCCCUGGCAUCUGACGUAGAGUUCUGUGCCGUGUGUCUGUCUGCAGGAGCUGCACUUCUGUGUGCAAAAUGUGGCUGUGCUUUCCACUCUGACUGUCACAUCCCACCAAUUCUCAAAAAACCUUGUAAGGAUUGGGUGUGUUUGCUAUGUCAGGAUGUAAAUGAGACAGUCGUGUACGGCAGUGAGGAGAUGAGGACAUGUAGUCUGAGUCUGCAAGAUCAAAGAAAGUGUGAGAAGCUUGUCCUUGGUCUCCUGUGUAAUGAGAACAAGAGCCUGCUCUACAGCGCCACCAAGAAUCACUCAAAAACAGCCGAAUUUGAUAUAAUACUCGGCCGACUCCUGGGGAAACGGAAGCCUCCUUAUCGGACUGCUGCUGAACUGGUGUCUGAUGUUUGGACUCUCUUUGACAUCUUGAUGAUGAACUCUGAGAGGAAAAACAUGGUGGUCAAACUUCAAAAAUCUUUCCAGCAACAGCUGAAUGAAUCUUUUGCGGAGAGUCUCCAUGCUUCUCUCUUGAAACAGUCCAGCAGCCAGGAUCCGGAGACAGAGACUGAACGAGAGAAGCACAGAAACACUUUGAAACGCAUGAGAGAGUUUUUCAUGGCAAACUCCGGUACAGAUGCCAAGAAAUGCUGCACUGAUAAAGGGAACGAGGGAGAUGGCUGUGGAAACACUACAGCUGCUGAACAUUGAAAGUGCAUCAGUCAUUACUUGCUUUUUUACUUGUUUUAUCUUGUGAAGAGGGAACCAGAUCCCUUUCUGUUUAGUGUAGUAGUUUGUUUAUUUAGCUUUGCCUUUUAAGUAAGAUGUGUAUUAAACAGAUUAUUUCAUUCAAGCUCA